ACUUUGCGCUUUCGCUGUUAUUGGGUACACUUUGCGCUUUCGCUGUUAUUGGGUACACUUUGCGUUUAAGCGUCGACGUCAUCGCCACUGUCCGACAUUUUUACGCCCAGCGGCCGGGAGGAGCGGCAGACAAAAGGUUUUCGCGAGGAUCUGCCUUGCGCCGGCGAAGAUGAACGCGGAUUCAGAAGGUGCAGACUAUGAGAACCCAGAGGAGGUCGAGGAGAAAACUCGUCUCAUCAACCAGGUUCUGGAGCUCCAGCACACGCUCGAAGACCUCUCGUCGCGUGUGGAUGCCGUGAAGGAGGAGAACCUGAAGCUGAAGUCCGAGAACCAGGUCCUGGGUCAGUACAUCGAGAACCUCAUGUCGGCAUCCAGCGUCUUCCAGACCACCGAUUCGAAGAGCAAGCGCAAGUAGUUGGCGGACGCCUCCCCUCCCGAGCCGCAACCUCGCGCUUUAGCCCCGCCGUCUUCAGGAGCCGAUUGGGCUGAGCACGUAGCCCGUGCUGAGCCGUGGGGGGUACGGGCGAGUAGGAGCGGUGAAGGCGUACAAGCGAUUCUAAGCCGGGGCGGUACAAUAUAGCCCGAUUCAGGCUCGGUUAAUUUGCGAUCAUGGUCCAAUUGGGGAUCGAUUCGUUGGGUGGGUUUUGGAUUCCUAAACUGACGCGAUAAAAAAUUGGGUGUGGGGGGGGGACGUGACAAGUCACAACACUCACUGCUGACGUGAUCGAAAUGUCAAAGCCACAAAUCGGCUGCUAAAUUGUCCAAUCUCUAAAAGCAUGCUUUGGAGAUUGGUAUCUACAUUUGUAUCAAAUUCAGACUAAAUUGAUGUUAAAAUGUAAGGAAUAACAGGACAUUGCGUUAAUAUGGUGCCCGUCAGGCCCAAGGUGUUACGCAAUACUUAACAAUCCAACUGCAAAGCAUAGUAACUAUCAAACAAGAUGUAUUACAGAAUAAAUAAAAACAUUUCAUUGCCGUUACGUUAAAUGUUAGUAAAUUCAUAAUUUUGAAUCCACGUAAGCCCGUUAACGUGCAAUCAAACUGAAAUUCAAUUGCAUUUUGUCUUUCGUAUCGCUCGGCUAUGAAUCGGGCUGGUGUGUGCCCAGGGUAGCGCUGUGCGUGUGCGUGCAUGCGUGUGCGUGCGUGCGUGUGCGUGCGUGCGUGUGCGUGCGUGCGCGUGCGUGCAUGUGUGCGUGCAUGCGUGUGUGUGCGGGAGUUUGUUCGAAAGGAGUUGUUUUGAGCAGUGGGGUGAAUGUCGCUUUGCGUGAUCCGUGUAAUCGACUGCUGUUCAGUGGUUUUUCUGCACCAUGACAGGCCGAGCAAAGGCUUACGGAAGUCCCAACAACUAUAAACACCCAAGGCCAGAAUAGGACUCUGACAGUAACGUUUUUUUAUACCUUAUUUCACUUCGUAAUAGCAACCUCCGUUUGCAUGCAGCCUCCAAUGGUGUAAUUUCCCGUCGCCACGUUAGCAGCUGUUCAGCCUCGUUUUCUAAAAUGCAACUCGUGCAGUAUUAACGUCAGCGUGUGGCACAAAAGCGGUGUACAUUUAAGUGAACGCGUCGCGACUUUAACUGUUGCAUGCGCAAUGUCGACGUAGUAAUUUAUUGUCGUCUGUUGUAUUUUUUUUUAUUAAGGUUAUCAUUGCCAUCAGCAUCGUUUGCGACUAAUGUGUGUAGCCAGACUUAGAAGCGUCUGUCCUUGAAUUAAUACUUUACCACCGUAAUUAUGAUUAGAAGAGGACAAUGACAUAGACAUUUUGGCAGACCUUGGCUCUGCUUAAGAGCAGACAGGCGCCAUUGGUAAAAACAUUAUUGUUGUGUUUUUCAAUAAAAAAAGUUCGUACUUAAGCAUGUAUGAAUCAAUACUCUCGCCACCUUCAUUAAGAACACCACUUAAUAAAAGGGGUUAAAAAUUCUGGCAUUGGCCGUUCUUCAAAGCAGGAAUAUGCCAGACAUAAACACGCUUUUGCUGUUAUCAAUUUCUUAAUUGAGCAAGAUUGUCCUGGAAUAAAAGCCUCAUCCAUUAUAUCUCAUUGUGCAGAAAGUAGGUAAAUUCGGUGGAUUAAAAUCAAGUUAUUCAGGUGCAUUCUGUGGGGAGAUGAUACAAAAAAUGCGGUUUGUAAAGUGUUCCAAUUAAGCUGGAGUGGGUUAUCUUUAAACAUUUGGGGGUUAUGUUUUUUUUAUCUCCAGAAGACCACUCCAAUGUGAAUGUGGUAUAAUUAUCAUGGUGCAUUGUGGUUCUGAAGAUAACCAUUGCACCAAACUGUAGUCUACAUUUAUUUGUGUGUAUAUGAAUAUGUACAGCCAUAUUGUAAAUCCACUGCUGAGUGAAGACCUCCCCCACGUAGUGUGGGUUAUUUAACCAUGCUGUUUUCUGCAGAUUGAAGGCGGAGAGCAUAGACGUGGGAGUAUAGUAAAAUGGAUUUUGCCGCACUGCCCUCUAGUUUCCACAACGUAGCCCCGUUAACAACCCAUUUUAUGCACGAUGGUCACAUCCAGUACGACCCAAAAACACUCAACAUAUUUGUGAACACUGCCUUCAAAAUAUAUAAUUGGAGACGUUUUGGGCAGUGGCUCUAUCUUAAUAGCGCCAUCCAGAUCAACGUCCAGCAUCUGAUGAGAUCAUCACAUUCCAGGUGAUCUGGUCAUUGGAUUUUGGUUUAGUUUUAAUGAAGGUGGCGAUUCGAGUUGUACUUUAAGUACCAGGGUUGUUUGUUCGUGAUGGUGGUGGUAAAGUAUUUUCAUUGUGAAUUUGUGCUCACACCACUGCCUGCCAACACGGUCACCUAAGUUGUUUUGAUUGACAUUGUCCAGAUUGCUGUGGGUCACACUUUGCUGUUGCUUCAACUCUCAAACACUAAUUUACAAGAAGCGAAAAGGAAUAAAGAUAUUGGACA